AUGCCCCCCAUUCAACCCCGCGGCGUCGGCCCUACCGAGUCCUUCGUCUUUCCCACAGGCACCGUCAAAGACAACCUUCGGACUUUUUUUCGAGCUUGCGAACUGGGCAGCACCAGAUAUGUCGAGAAAUGUAUCAAAACUCUUUCUCCUGCGGGCAGGGUGCCACUCUUGAACUAUAGCACCAGUUCAAAGAAUCGUCUAAAAGCGCUGCACCUUGCGGCCCAGGCCGGCCAUAACGAUAUUGUCCGGUUGUUACUCGAAGCGGGAGCACAGGUUGAUGUGGCGGCUGAGAAGGGCGUGACACCUCUGGCCUGUGCAGCCGCCUCGGGACAGUCUGGGACUCUUCAGAUUCUCCUGGAGCAUGGGGCUGAUCCGCAUCGCCUCACGGAGGAUGGGCUCACCAUUAUUUCUCAUGCUGCCAGGUCAGACGUGGUGCGAGGACAGGCGGAUACCAUCGCCAUGCUGAUUGAACACGGAGUUGAUCCCAAUGCCAUCGACGAGACGCCCAAAAAGUCAGCCCUGAACUGGGCCUGCAGUCAAGGCAAUCUCGCUGUGGUGAGGAUUCUCCUCGACCCAAACGUUGGUGGCGUCAAGCCAGGUGAGAUUCUCGGCGAGGACGGGUGGACAGCCCUUCACUUCGCUGCCCGAUGUCAAGUGCUCGCCGGCAAGGACGUCACCCAGUACCUCAUACGCGCAGGGAUGGAUCAGACAGUCGGAGACAUCGACGGCUGGCUUCCUAUCCACUACGCGGCUAAACACGCCAACGUCGUCACCCUCGGCUACCUCAUCCACCAAAAGCCCGGGCUUUCCCAACUCAUCGAAAUCAAAACUGAUACCGGCGGCACCCUUCUUCAUUGUGCCUGUGAUGAAGGGGAGGCAAUCAAGUGGCUUCUUCGACAUGGCGCAGACGUCAAUGCUCAAGACGAUGAAGGCGACACGCCGCUGGGCUUGUCGUGCUAUGACGGGAUAGGCGAUACUGUGAGCCUCCUUCUCCAGGCCGGAGCGGACCCAAAGAUUCAAAAUGAGGAGAAGCGAACCGCGCUUCACUGGGCUGCGAGAGGCGGGGCGGUUAAUGCCGGCCGGGAGCUGCUCAACAAGUGCCCGGCUGUUUUACAUAUCAAGGACGAAAAGAACCUUUCUGCUAUGCAUCUAGCCAUCAGGAAGUUUGAGCCAACUUUUGCUGAGAUGCUCCUGGAUGAGUUCUACCCGGAGUAUGCGACAAAUCUACACGGGGAUUUGACGGCUGUGCAUGAGCCUUCGGGAGAAACACCUUUGAUAUCGGCGGUGAAGAGGUUUCAGGUUGGGGUGGUGGAAAAGUUGUUGAAGUUGGGGGCCGAGGCUGAUGUCAAGGAUAAGAGCGGGAAGACGCCGUUGGUGUAUGCCAGUCGGGCAAGGAAGCAUAGUGAGAAGUUGGUUGAAAUGCUGCUGGAUCAUCAGGCGGCGGAAAAGGCUAAGGAGGCGGCGGAGAAGGAGACGGGGGGUGAGAAGAUGCCGAUGGAGUUGCAACAUAUGCUUCAGUUUUUGAAAACGGUGUUGGAGGAGCAGGAGAGGGAGUGA